AUGGCGAUUAGGAAUGCAGUAAGAGAUGUAUUUUCCGAAGUCAGACAUAGAUUAUGUGCUUGGCACCUUAUUCAAAAUGCAACUAGCAAUGUUGGAAAAUCAUCGUUUACAUCUAAAUUCAGAAAAAUCAUGUUGGGAGACUACGAGAUUCCCGUGUUUAAGCGUAAGUGGGUUCAACUUAUUAAAGAAUUUGGCCUUGAGGAUAAGCCGUGGGUGAUCAACAUGUACAAAGAGAAGCAUAUGUGGGCUACUGCAUAUAUAAGAGGAAAAUUCUUUGCUGGCUUUAGAACUACCUCAAGAUGUGAAGGUUUACACUCAGUUAUGGCAAGGUAUGUGGGGUCGCCGUAUGAUUUGACAAGUUUUGUAGAGCAUUUUCAAAGGUGUGUUGCACAUUUGCGCUUUAAAGAAUUUAAUGCUGAUUAUGAAUCUACACAUGGGGUGCCCGUCAUGCAGACUUGUAUAGAGCUGCUAGAGAGAUAUGCUGCUGAGUUAUACACUCAUGAGAUAUUUCUUUUCUUUCGGCCAUUUCUUUCUAGAGCUGGAUCAAUGCAGGUGCUAAACAUAGAGAAUAACGAUGAUUGCAUAAAGUAUAUUAUGUGUAAGCAUGGGAGGCCCGAUUUUAUGUGGACCGUUGAUUUUUGUCAAGAAGAAAUGAUCUUCAUGUGUACCUGUUUAAGAAUGGAGUCAUUUGGAAUUCCCUGCGAACAUAUUAUGAAAGUUCUAGUUGACAGAGACAUUUGUGAGAUUCCCCGGUCAUUGGUAUUGGAUAGAUGGACAAAAAAGGUUAAAUCAACACUCAAUGAUCCAAGUGGGUUCACCAGGGAUGCUGUUGUUAUUAGUCGUCAAAGUGCCAUGAUAGAAUUUUCUAAACAAUUGGCUGCUGUUGCUGCUAAAGUACCAGAGAGAUAUGAAGAGACACGUGACCUAAUUAUGGGAUUGUACUCAUCUUACAAGGCUACAGACGAAGGCACUAAUCAACCUCAAUCAGGUGUAGCUAAAUGUAGCAAUCCGUAUGUGCAUCAAAGCGGUGUAGGCUCAGGACAACCAUCUAGGAAGAAGCGGCAACGUUGUAGUGUUUGUCAAAUGAAAGGACAUAAGAAGACAACAUGUCCUUGGCAAAAGGACAUUGACAACAACGUUAUUGAAGAUGAAGCUAACGGUUCGGAUGAUGGCGACGUAUAUCCAGAACCGACGGCUAAGUUAGAUAGUGAUAAUUAG